AUGCGAUGCCUCAUUGUCGGUGAGGUCCCUAAAGAUGUAUGGAUAUAUCCGCGAGCCCGGCGACGAUACCACGAUGCUUCAAGCCACUGGCGGCGGAAGACUCAGCCGGAGGUCGUCCCCAGCAGCCUCGAAGAGACCCUACGAUCCCAUAGAUUUGCGAAUCGCCAGACUCUGAUUCGAAAAUUGCCUGCUCGAGAAAGUGCGAAUCCGGGGAUGAUUCGCCUCAAAUUGAAUCCAGAUCGAUUCGUUCCCACAGAGGCUCUUAAAGAACAAGAAGUGCGCGAAGCGGAUCUUCACCAAAUUCUCAAUGAGGAUGGUGGCGCCGAAACUCGUUUUGACGUCCUGUCCAUUCGCUCCCCCAACAGUUCGCCCAUGGACCCGACGAAACCGAAUAUUUUGUGGACAAAGGAUACGAUCUACCAUCGAUCGACUGAGUACCCUUGGCUCAGCUAUUUAGAAGAAUCUGGGAGCGGAAGUAUUUCACGUCUCAGUGACGAAAUCACAGCAUUUGAAAAAUACAUCUUACCAACUCGGGAGGAAAGGGAUGCUGUCGGAAGAGUUCAAAGGGAUGCCAUUGCAUCCCUGAAAUUUGACGAAAUGAAUUUGCCCAUUUUGACCGGUUCUCGAAGAACAGGAAUGGCGGUACCCCACUCAUCCGUUGACUUUGUCAUUCUCAUUGAGGAUCCUGAAAGAGUGGAAGGCGGUCGCGGCCCAAGCGCGACGAGACCAAUGAUGGUUCAAGCCAGGCUCAAACGCCUGCAUCAGAUUGAGGAUGCACUCAAAGAGUCUAAAACUCUUUCCAAAGUUAUGUUACGGAAGGAGAAAAACCCAACCUUGUCCGCGGUUCACGCCGCCACAGGUUUGCAGGUUCAAUUCCAAUGCGCCACAAGCCCACCCGCCUCCACCGAUUUCAUCCUCAACUACCGUGCAGAGUUCCCAACCCUUCGACCUCUGUUUAUGGUUCUACGUAUGCUACUGGAGACACGGGGUUUCCUCGGCGGCGACGCCAGCAGUGUCGAUCCAUACCUCCUAACCAUGAUGAUUGUUGCCGCUCUCAAAAUCCAAGAGGGCAAGUAUCAUCGCAGGAACAUAGGCAGUCAAUUUCUCCACGUCCUCGAAUUUUACAAAGAUACAGAUUUCACCAAGUACGGCGUUUCCGUCGAGCCUCCGGGCAUUUUCGAGAAAAAUAUGGAUUCGAAGAUGCGGGAUAAAAAAGGAAAGAGGUUACUGAUGCACGAGCCCUAUUUAAGGGGUCAACGUAGCAUUGGCAAGCGCUCCUUAUCCCUGCCGCGAGCGGGUAUGCUGAGUCUUCAGGAUCCGACUGAUUUCAUGAAUGACCUCGGGUGCAAGGCUUCAGUUAUCCCUGAAGUGAAGCAGCUGUUUCAGGCGCUGUAUGACGAUCUCAGAGCGCGAAUGAAAUCUUGGGAUUAUGACGACAAGGUACCAACGGAUCGUGAAAGAAUUUCUUUUCAAGAUGAAAACAGCCUUGAGAAAAGCGAGAAGCCACCAAGCCCAAGCUUGCUUAGUCUCGCUCUGGGCAUGAAUUAUGAGGACUUUGAACGAUUUCGAGAUAAACUCUUGCUUGCUGCUUCUCAGGCAGGACACGUCCCUAUCGACGAAGUAAAUUCUGAUGUUGAGCCCUGUUGUCAACGGUCACUCGAGGGUGUGAAAACACAUAUGGAGAGUUGGCCUUCGGAGAAAAUUUGA